AUGGGGUGUUGCACACUAUCAAAUGCCGUUGAAGGUUGCAUGGGUUGCUCCAAUUCUGCUGUUGAAGGUUGCAUGGGUAUGGGUUGCUCCAAUUAUGCUGUUGAGGGUUGCAUGGGUAUGGGUUGCUUCAUUUCUGCUGUUGAAGGUUGCAUGGGUUGCUCCAAUUCUGCUGUUGAAGGUUGCAUGGGUAUGGGUUGCUCGGGUUGCUUCAUUUCUGCUGUUGAAGGUUGUAUGGGUAUGGGUUGCUUCAUUUCUGCUGUUGAAGGUUGCAUGGGUUGCUCCAAUUCUGCUGUUGAAGGUUGCAUGGGUUGCAUGGGUAUGGGUUGCUUCAUUUCUGCUGUUGAAGGUUGCAUGGGUUGCUCCAAUUCUUCUGUUGAAGGUUGCAUGGGUAUGGGUUGCUCGGGUUGCUUCAUUUCUGCUGUUGAAGGUUGCAUGGGUAUGGGUUGCUUCAUUUCUGUUGUUGAAGGUUGCAUGGGUAUGGGUUGCUCGGGUUGCUUCAUUUCUGCUGUUGAAGGUUGCAUGGGUAUGGGUUGCUUCAUUUCUGCUGUUGAAGGUUGCAUGGGUUGCUCCAAUUCUGCUCCAGGAAGGAAAAUAAGGCUUUCAAUAAAAGAUGUACAUACCGUAGCUGAGGAGGGGAUUCCGCUGAUCUUCAUCUUCUCGAAAGUCCUAUCUUGCCCAUUAUAA